AUGAUUCUCCUAACCCUAGUUCUUAUCUUCAGCAUCCUGUUGAUCAUCAAGUAUAAGAGGAGAGCUGAUAUGCCUCCAGGACCAAUGCCCCUUCCUAUUAUUGGUAAUUUACAUCAACUUAGUACGGCGCCACAUUUGGCCUUGCAAAAGUUGUCCCAGAUCUAUGGCGGAGCAAUGACAUUGUACAUGGGCAACAUCCCAACUGUGAUCAUCACCGAUCCCGACUACAUCAAAGAGGUGAUCAUCCAACAAUCCGACAACACAACCGAUCGCUUCGUCUCCGAGACAGCACGCAUCAUUGGAAAUGACAAAGACAUCUUGUUCUCCAAUGGUGCCUACUGGAAGAAGUAUAGGUUCAUCCUGGCCUCAUGUUUCACUCGCAUGAAGUCCCAUCUCACCAUCAUGGACAAGAUCCAAGAAGAGACUACCAAGCUGAUGGACGCAUUCCAAGUCCACGCCGAGAGUGGUGAGAAUGUAUCUCCACGAUUCUUAUUCAAACAAUAUACAAGCAAUGUGAUACUGGGAAUGUUGUUUGGACAACGUUCAGACUAUUUUGAGAAGUACCAUGAUGUGAUCAAGGCAGUUGAUCUGGUGGAGAAGGAACUGGCUGUUGGUAAUAUUCCAGAUUUGUUGCCAUUCCUCUCAUAUUUCUAUCGUGAAAGUCGUAGCAAUCUCCAAUCAGCACUGGAACGCGUGUGGCACUACAGCAAACUGUCACUGGAUGAGCAUCGCCGCGACCUGCAAUCAGACCCACAUCGCGUGUCCGACAUGAUGGACCUAAUGAUCCACGCUAUCCAUAAGAGUGACAACCCAUCAUUCUUUGACGAUGAGGGUCUUGUGCGCGUAUGCUCCGAUCUGCUCAUCUCUGGCACAGAGACAUCGUCGUCCACACUCGAGUGGCUGCUGCUAUUCCUGGUCAACAAUCCAAACUACAUGGAAAAGGUCAGAUGUGAGAUCAAUGAUGCGAUGACCCAUGCCCCGGCUGGCGAACAAUCGAUGGACCUGUCACGACGAUCACAAACACCAUUCCUCAACGCGUGCAUCAAGGAAGCACUCCGAAUCCGCCCAGUUGGUGCACUAUCCCUGCCACGUCGGACAACAUCCGAUGUCAAGAUUGGACCAUACACCAUCCCGGCCGCCACACAAGUGAUCACCAAUGUAUAUGGUCUGGCAAUGAGUCCUGAGCUAUGGUCACAACCGGAGGAGUUCAAUCCAUAUCGUUGGAUGGACAAUAACAACAACAACAAUGAUGUGGAGUACAAGUUCAUUCCAUUUGGUGUUGGACCGAGAUCGUGUGUUGGAUCAAACCUGGCCAAGGAUGAGAUUUAUCUUUGUAUCUCCAACCUCAUACUCCGAUUCAACUUUGAGACCAUCGACGGCGUGUCACUGGAUGAAGAGGGCAAGUUUGGCAUCGCACUUACCUGCAAGCAAUACCAACUCAAGAUCAAGCCAAUCACACAAACAAUAUCCAUCAAUGCCCAGGGCACAGCAAUGAUCACUCGUGGAUAA